CGAGGCUCUAUCCCACAGAGGAACUUUGGAGUGAACUUUCUGGAGCUCGACACGGUCAGCAGAGUAUACUCAGAUGUGCCGUCAGCCGAAUCCAAUGUCCCUGCGCUAGACUAUGGAGCUGCUUUUCCCAGUCUCUCUCAGGAGUUCAUGUAUGUGGUGCUCAACGAGAUGCAGGUGCCGCGUGCCUUCCUGUCCAUCAUCGACCAGCUGUACUUAGAGCUCGAGGCUUUUGCAAUGGUCCGCAAUACUCCGACCCAUGCAUGGUGGGUUACGUCUGGCAUUGUCCAGGGCUGCUCAUUGAGCGGCUCCCUCUACGCUGCAGCCACUGCCCCAUUUCUCGUCGAUCUCCAGCUCCAGCUUGAGGCACCAAGGAAAGGUAUUGCGCGUGCUUGCGCCGACGACAUUGGUGCCGCCAUCAGAGACAUUCCCAGCCUGUCCAUCUUAGCGGACAUCAUGCUUCUUGCCGAAAGAUUUGCCACGCUGUCCUUGAGGAUCGACAAAUGCAACCUCGUCCCGCUGCACAAGCCUUUCUCGGAAGCUGUUGCAUCAGAGGUUCGCUCGCUGCUCUGUGCACAUGUUCCUGUCCUUGAAUGCAUCAACAUAGUCGAGUCCCUCAAGUACUUUGGGCUUAUUCUUGGCCCAGCUGCCGAUGCCGACUCGUGCUGGACAGCUCCUGCGAUGAAGGCUCAUGAACGAUCCAAGUUGAUCGGCCACAGCCACGUUCCCGUGUCUCGCUUGCCAGUUCACCACAACACCCGCAUCACCACAGUGCUGUCGUAUGUCGCCCAAUUCCGUCUGAUGCCGCAGUGGCUAGUGCAGAGCGAACUUGUGGCAUUCGUGGAGACGCUGUUCAACAUCAAGCACGGUCCGUUCCAGCCCACGAUUUACACACACGAGUUGCUGUCUAUUGCGCGCCAGGCAGCUGCGCAUCGUCUCCGCGUCCAGCCAUCUGGCGCGGGCCUGCAGAGGUGCAUCACGUUGGCGGUCAAGAAGCAUCUUAUCUCUCGCCCGCUUUGGAACGUACUGGUCGUGAGGCUCGCCCUCGCCCACCCUGACAUGCGCGGCGAUGGUGCAUCUAAAGUGCCUGCGACGAGAUGGUCCCACAUCGAGAAAUACCUUCGCUCUUGCUCAACCUCGUGGGCUAUGGCGUAUGUGAAAACUGCUGCCAGCGGAUGGACUACGUCCUCCCGCAUCCUUGGUGGCCGCGGACGCCUCCCCUGCCGCUUCGGCUGCGCGGGCGCGGCGGACCAGCUCAAGCGCUAUCUCUCGUGCCCGAAGUUCCGCAAAAUCUGCGAGGAGGUGUUGGGCUUCUCUCGGCCUGCUCACCCGCUUGGUCGUCUAGGCCUCUUCGGAUCCGCGGUGGAUGUCGGCAAGGCGGUCUUCGACGUAGUGGUGAUGCACUUCGCCUACCAU